CCUCCAAGCCUCCGCCGCCGCAGCUCCGCCGCCUCAGCUCCGCCGUCGACAUGGGUAAGGUUCACGGAUCGCUGGCUCGUGCCGGGAAGGUGCGCGGGCAGACCCCCAAGGUCGCCAAGCAGGACAAGAAGAAGCAGCCCCGCGGCCGCGCCCACAAGAGGAUCCAGUACAACCGCCGCUUCGUCACCGCCGUCGUCGGCUUCGGCAAGAAGCGCGGCCCCAACUCCUCCGAGAAGUAGAUGCGCGUGACGGGUUAAUUAAAGAAGCUUCUCUUUCCUUGCACUAGUUUCCUCUCGUGUUUGUCUUUGCGCAAGAAGAUGGAAGAAGAACCGUACUUACUGUUUUGGCUCGUGUAAUGGAUUGAGAUGGAACUCAUGUGUUAAGUAUGCCUGCUUCAUUUUAGUUGAGAAUUUGAGAUA